UGUCUGCCAACCAAUGAGACUGUGCAAUCUGGUGUAUGACGCGUUAUCCGGUCACACACAGGCUUUUCCUCGUCCUUGAUCGGCAGUGUUGCGAACCGGAGGCUCACACAUUUGCUAAGAAAAUGGUGGCAUACUGGAGACAAGCAGGCCUGAGUUACAUCAGGUACUCGGCCAUCUGCGCCAGGGUCGUCCGUGCAGCUCUGAAGCCGGAGUUGAAAGUGGAAGCGCUUAAAAGCGCAGAAACAAGCGUCAAGGUCAAUAAAAUAAAGAUCGCAACAUGAGCUGAAAUUGAAGCACGUGACCCCCAUUCCUCCAAACAAAUAUUUUAUUUCAUCACUUGUGUUUGCAAUAAUAUCUGCAAUUCUGAUGACCUGAUUGAAAGAUAAUAGUUAUGUUCUUUUGAUAAUAAAUUAUGAAGAGCCUCAAACUAAA